GGAAGCUGACAAGUGUGUCAGGCGUCACUUGUAGCUUGGCUCUGAGUGAACAUACCAAACUGCUUUCUAGUGACUCAGACCACUGGGUCUAGUACAGCAGCAGCUCACUGUGCAUGUGUGGGCACAAGUAGACAGCAAUACAGCAGCCAGUAAUAUGUCACAAGUGUAAUCAGCUCUUAAACACUUUGAUUUGGAUACUAGGGUUUCUGCUCAAUCCCUUCUGAUUCCACUCUUCAUUGUAUCACCGUCCCCUGGGGCAUUUUUACGCACAGGCCCAUAAUGCCCAUCAUAGAGCUUUUUGGUGGGCCUCUCUUCCUUUUUUCACCACUGGAUACAGCUCUUUGAAACUGCAUAUAAUAACUGCAGGUGUAGGUGACAAAAAUGGCAGUUGACUCCCUCAGAUCAAGUUGCUGACAGCUGUGAGGCCUAUCCCUUGGCAACAUAGGACUCCUGUUCAUUAGACGAAUCAGUAGCCUAAAAUGACGCAAGCUUUUGAUUUUCACAGAAAUCCUUCAACACAGGCUCCUACUUUCAUGCUGUGCUGUUUCUAAAGGCAGGACACACAUUUUAAGCAAAAGGCGAUCUAGCUAGCAGCCAAGCCAGUCCUGUCUUCACAAGAGUUAAGGUUGCCAAUUCCAGCCUUCAGGUUGCCAGCUCCAGAACUUCCUAGGGACAUGUAAGCACUGCCUGGGGAAGAGAAAGUUUAGGGCAGGAGCUCAAUCUAAUUUGUCCUCUGCAGCUGCCAUUUCCUCCAGAGGAAUAGAUCUUUGUAGUUGUAAUACCAGGAUAACUCCAGGCCCCACCUUGAGCUUAGUAAUCCUAACAAAAGAUCCAUCACAGUGCACAGUGUGGGUCCCCAACAAAAGUGCAACAUUUUCCCUUUCUGAAGGGAAUGACUGAAGAUGAUUUUUUCUGGAUUUCACUGAAAAAAUCAGGUCUUCUGGUGGCAAUACAUUUCACCUCUCUUUAUUUCCUCAUCCGUGACCAAUUUUAUGUUUUCUAAUGGUCAAAGCAAAGGCCCUAAUCAGACCCUCUUGUUUGCCAUGUCCACUUUCCCUCCUCCCAAUAAAAAAGAUGACCUUAGACUGAGACCUGUGGGGCCAGGAAUGACCGUUGCUAAGGUUAAAGGACAACCAGAUCAGCAGCAUCCACCACACUGUCCUCUGAUUGGUUUGUUAGACUCUUUCAGCUCAGGCGGUUUAUCUUGCAGGCCAAUCAGAAGCUUAGGAACGUGUUUCUGUUGGUCCCGCUGGUGGGGGAAGUCACACAACUGGACUCUUGCGGUUAGCUGCCUCCUGCUGGGAUGGUGUUGGAACUCUACUUAGACCUACUCUCCCAGCCCUGCAGGGCAGUCUACAUCUUCGCCAAGAAGAACAACAUCCCUUUCAUGGUGAAAAACAUAGAGAUGCUUAAAGGGCAGCAGUUCAGUGAAGAAAUUAACAAGGUGAACAUCCUAAGGAAAGUACCAGUUCUGAAAGAUGGAGAUUACACAUUAGAGGAAAGCACAGCCAUCCUACUAUACCUGAGCCGAAAGUACAACACGCCCAGUCAUUGGUACCCCCCUGACAUGAAGAAACGGGGUCGUGUCGAUGAAUAUUUGGCCUGGCAACUCAGCACCAUCCGACCAAGUGCUUCUAAAAUCUUAUGGCUCAAGGUGGUGAUCCCUCUCUUCUUGGGUCAGCAAAUACCCCCUGAGAAACUGCAAGAUGCAAUCGAAGAUCUGACCAAUUCCAUGCGGAAACUGGAGGAGAAAUUCCUGCAAGACAAGCCCUUCAUUGUCGGAGCGGAAAUUUCCCUGGCGGACCUAGUGGCUAUUGUGGAGCUCAUGCAGCCCCUGGGAGCUGGCUGGGAUAUCUUUGAGAGCCACCCGAAACUCCUCGAGUGGCGCAGGAGGGUCGAGGCUGCUGUGGGGAAGGACCUCUUCAUGGAAGCGCACGGGCGGAUCCUGAACGCCAGCGAGCUGAAGAACAUCCGCAUCGAUCCCCCCCUGCAAGCACAAAUGAAGCCCAUGCUGCUGAAAAUGCUGAAAUAAACUGGGCCGCCAGCGGCCUGUCACGCGCA